AUGGCCAUUCCACAAGCAAAUUUGCCACUGGAUGUGAUCAUCGUCGGGGCCGGAAUUGGCGGCAUUGCCGCGGCCCUGACGUUGGGGUUGAGAGGCCAUCGAGUCACAGUCCUCGAAGCGGCACCAAAGUUGAUGGAGGUUGGAGCCGGGAUCCAGGUCUCUCCUAACAUGCUACGCCUAUUUGACCGAUGGGGUGUGUCGGACUUGAUCCACGUCCAGGACGUCGCCCUCGAGCAUAUCCACGUUCGGAGGUGGCAGGAUGGCAAGCUACUCGGCACAAUGCCUGUGAACAAGACUUUUGGCCAGCAAGUUGUGAUCCACCGUGCCGACCUGCACAAUGCUCUCAUCAAGAGAACCCUGACCUUGGGCAACGUCCACCUGCGAGAGAAUUGCCCGGUUUCCAGUGUUGAGUUCAGCCCAGCGUCUGUCACGCUGGAAAAUGGCACUGUCGUUCGAGGGGACAUUGUCAUCGGGGCCGACGGCAUUAAAUCCACAGUACGCGGUCACUUGCUGGAAGACUCGAAUCACAAGGCCGUUGCCACUGGAGAUGCGGCGUACCGAAUUAUGCUGCCGCGCAGCGUCAUGGAGAAGGAUGCGGAGUUGAAGCAACUCAUCGACGAGCCGCAGGCCACUCGCUGGUUGGGGCCCGCGCGCCACAUUAUCGCCUAUCCCGUCCGCAGCCACGACCUGUACAACGUUGUGCUGCUCCACCCAGAUCGCCAGGAAGCCGAGGAGUCGUGGACGACUAAGGGAUCUAAGCAGGGCAUGAUGGAUCACUAUGCCGGAUGGGAUCCGAUUGUGACGAAGCUUAUCGAUCUCGUUGAUGAAGAUGAAGUUCUCGAGUGGAAGCUGUGUUUGCAUCGGCCCCUACGCACUUGGAUUCGAGGCCAUGUCGCCCUUAUUGGCGACGCCUGCCACCCCAUGCUUCCGUACGUCGCGCAAGGAGCAGCCCAAGCCGUCGAAGACGCGGCUGCGCUAGGUGUCUUAAUGUCCGAGAUCGCAUCACGACACGAGAUUCCACAUGCCUUGAAGAUAUAUGAAAAAACCCGAAAACAGCGAGCAGAGACAGUGCAACAAUCCGGCACGGAGAACCGCGUCGCCUUGCAUCUACCAGACGGCCCCGAGCAAAUCGCGCGUGAUGAGCAGUUCCGAGCAUCAACAAGCGGGUCGAACCCAGACAAGUGGAAUGAUCGCGAGACACAAAAUUUCCUGUGGGGAUGGGAUGCGGAGCAGGUGGCCUUGGAUGCUUGGGAUGAGUGGGCAAAGGAUGUCAAGGUGAAUGCAAGCCUCUGA